AUGUCGUCCGGCAUCCGCGUCGCCGGCGGGAUCGCGAAGCACGUCAAGAAGAAGGGCGCGCAGCAGGCGGCGUACCAAGGCAUUCAGUUCCUGAAGAGCUACGGGCAGCACAUCCUCAAGAACCCGAUGAUCGUCAACGCCAUCGUCGAGAAGGGCGGGGUCAAGUCCACGGACGUCGUCCUCGAGAUCGGCCCGGGGACCGGGAACCUCACGAUGCGCCUCCUCGAGACGGCGAAGAAAGUCAUCGCGAUCGAGUUCGACCCGCGCAUGGUCGUCGAGCUCGAGCGCCGCGUCUCCGGGACGCCGCACGGGCACAAUCUGAAGAUAAUCAGCGGCGACUUCCUCAAGGUGGACCUGCCGUACUUCGACGUGUGCAUCGCCAACUGUCCGUACCAGAUCUCGUCGCCGCUCGUGUUCAAGCUCCUGUCGCACCGGCCGAUGUUCAGGUCGGCGACGCUGAUGUUCCAGAGAGAGUUCGCGAUGCGUCUGUGCGUGAACCCGGGGGAUCCUCUCUACUGUCGCCUGUCGGUGAACGCUCAACUCUUGGCGCGGACGACGCACAUCUUGAAGGUUGGGAAGAAUAACUUCCGGCCGCCGCCCAAGGUGGACUCCUCCGUCGUGAGAAUCGAGCCGAGGUCGCCCAUGAUCGACGUGAACUUCCGCGAGUGGGACGGCUUGGUUCGCCUAUGCUUCGGGAGAAAAAAUAAAACGUUGGGGGGCAUCUUCCGCGCGAAGACCGUGCUCCAGCUCAUCGAGAACAACUACAAGACGUACAAGGCGUUGCAGGUGAACAACGGGAAGGGCGUCUCCGCGAUGGACAUGGGCUCCGGCGGCGUCGGGAACGUCUCGAGUAAGAUGCUCGGCGCGGCGACGAUGGGGGCGAGGAAGAAGGGAAAGUUUAGCCAAAAAGGAAAAAAACAAUACGGCCUCGGCGCCGACGAGAAGAUGGACAUCGACGACGGCGACGAGGACGGGAACGGGAUCACGAGCGUGGACGCGGUGACCCCGGAGUUCAUACGCGGGUUAGUCGAGAAGGUGUUGAACACGGACGGGUUCGUGGACAUGCGCGCGUCGAAGAUGUCGCAAGAUGAUUUUUUGCGGCUCCUCGCGACGUUCAACGAGGCGGGGAUUCACUUCGCGUGA